AUGCUUGAGUCCAUCCAUGGUUCUAAGCCGCAUCAAGUCCUUCAGAUCGAUAACUUCAAUGUUCUGGGUCUUGACAAGGAGGAUGCAGACUUUUACAUCAACUACCCAGAGGAGAAGAGGAACAGGGUGAUUCAUAAGGUGGACAUCCGCCUAGUGCCCAUGUUAGCAGUUCUUUAUUUGAUCUCACACAUCGAUCGCGCCAACAUCGGAAACGCCAAGAUUGAAGGGCUUGUCGAGGACCUAGGACUGAAUGGCGUGCAAUGGAACGUGGUCCUAUCGGUCUUCUUCGUGCCUUACGUGUUGCUCGAGGUCCCAUCCAACAUGCUCCUCAAGAAGUUCAAGCGCCCAUCCAUCUACCUCGGCAUCCUGAUUACGGCCUGGGGUAUCAUCAUGACUAUGAUGGGAGUUGUGAAGAACUUCGCCGGUAUCCUAAUUACGCGCAUUCUGCUUGGCGUGUUUGAGGCCGGUUUCUUCCCGGGCGCCGUGUAUCUCUGCUCAUAUUGGUACAUGCCGAAAGACCUCGCUACGCGAAUCUCGUACUUCUAUUGCGCCUCUGCGCUCUCCGGCGCCUUCAGUGGUCUUCUUGCAGCAGCAAUCGCAAAGAUGGAUGGCAUAGGUGGAUACGAAGGGUGGCGCUGGAUAUUCUUGCUCGAGGGAAUCGUGACCGUUUUGCUGGGUAUCGCCUGCUUCUUCUUGCUCAUUGACUCGCCUAGCCUGAGCACAAGAUGGUUGGACCCCGAUGAGAUUCGCUUCCUUGAGCUGCAGAGGUUCGUCAAGGACGGCGGCAGGUUCCAAGAAGAGAAGAGCAGCUUCCGCUGGGAGGACCUGAAAAUGGUGCUGUGCAACUGGCGCUUGUAUAUGCAAGCGUACAUAUUGCUCUGCAUCUCUGCUUGCUCAUACGGCACAAAGUUCACCCUGCCCACCAUCACGAAGGGAAUGGGGUUCAACAACACGAACGCACAACUCAUGACCGUUCCACCGUAUGUAGCGGGCGCCAUUAGCUCCAUCGUCUUUGCCCGUCUCUCCGAUCACUUCUACUGGCGCCUGCCGUUCGUCGCUAUACCUCUCUCGUUCAUCUUUAUCGGUUACGCGGUCGUCAUCUCCUUCCAUGGCGAUCUCGGAGGUAAUAUUGGGCCCGCUUUCUUCGCCAUCAUCUUGACGUGCAUGGGCAUCUAUCCUAUCCAGCCUGCCGGAUCCUCUUGGGCUGCGAACAAUUUGGCGCCCUCUUCGCGACGUGCCAUUGGUGUUGCAUUCAACAUCUGUGUGGGCAACAUCGGUGGCGUCAUCGGCUCGUACAUGUAUCUGGAUUCGGAGAAGCCAAAGUAUUAUACCGGCUUUGGCUUGUCCUGUGCAUUCGGCGCGACUGGGUUUAUCGUCGCAUUCCUACUGGAAUUGUCGUAUAAGUGGGGCAACAAGAGGAAGGCGAGACUCUCCGAAGAUCAGAUUAGGGCCAAAUACACUAACGAGCAACUGCUGGAUAUGGGAGACAAAUCACCACUGUUUCGAUAUGUCCUAUAA